GCAGCACUGAUCUGUAUUUACCAAUUCAAUGAACAAAGUCCAGCUACUAAAAGAGUGAGAGUGAAGGGCCAGGAUGGCUCCACUGGCUCGCAGCGUUCUUGUGACAGGCUCCAACCGGGGAAUUGGGCUGGAAUUGGUGCGACAGCUUGCAGAGAUGACAGAUCCGCCAGAACACAUCUUCGCCACGUGCCGAAACCCUGAAGGACCCAAGGGAAAGGCCCUGCAUGAUCUGGCUGACAAACACCCCAACAUUCAUGUGAUUCAGCUAGAAGUGGAGAGCCAGUCCAGUGUGGAGUCUGCCGUGCCAGCGGUGGAAUCUCAUCUGAAGGGCAAGGGCCUGAAUCUGCUCAUCAACAACGCAGGUGUGAACUCCUAUGCCACACUGCAAACUGUGGAGCGGCAAGAAAUGUUGUCUGCAUUCAAUACUAAUGUCGUGGGGCCCAUCUUUGUGGUUAAGGAAUUCGUGCCUCUGCUCAGGAGGGCAGCUAAUGAGAUGGGGACAGAAGAAAUGAGCUGCAGCAAGGCAGCCAUCAUCAAUGUAACCUCCAAACUGGCUUCCAUCGAGCGGGGAUUUGAGGUUUUUCAUGGGCCAAUGUAUCCAUACCGAGCAAGCAAGGUUGCUUUGAACAUGGUCACUGUAUGCCUUGCCAUGGAAAUGAAAGCAGAUGGGAUCUUGUGCACUCUGAUCCAUCCUGGCUGGGUGAAAACAGACAUGGGAACAGACCAGGCACCCAUGACUGUUCAAGACAGUGUGCAAAGCAUCCUCAAAGUGCUUCCCACAUUAUCAUCAUCAUCAACCGGAGCCUUUCUGGACUGGGAAGGGAAAAGACUUCCUUGGUGAGGAGACUUCUCACCUGAACUGACUUAGCCAACUUCAAGGCAGAAUUAAAGACAUUUUUGUUUAGGAAAGUGUUCCAAUCUAUAAUCUGAUGUGGUGCUUUAAUGUGCUUAUUUGCUUACUGUCUAGUUGUAUUUUAAGAUACGUUUUAAUUCUAUGACUCCUGAUUACUUUUUGAUUGUAUGCCGCCGGCAGGUUCUUAUUUGUACUUGGAAUUAAAGAAUUUAAUGAA